AUGGAGAAGGAGGCCAGGCUGGCUCAGCGUGAGCAGCAGCUCCGGAGAUGGUGGGAGGAUCUGGAGCGGGAGCGCAAGGAGCUGCAGAAGGAGAAGGCCUCCUUCCAGCUCGAAGGGCAGAGCCAGCUAUUCCUGGGCAUCUACCUGGCUGCCCUCCUGGGAAACGGCCUCAUCAUCACCACCAUCGCCUGUGACCACCACCUCCACACCCCCAUGUACUUCUUCCUCCUCAACCUCUCUGUUAUUGACCUGGGAUCCAUCUCCACGACUCUCCCCAAAUCCAUGGCCAGCUCCCUCUGGAGCACUAGAGGAAUUUCCUACUUGGGAUGUGCUACACAAAUCUUUUUUUACCUUUUUUUUGCUACAGCAGAAUAUUCUCUUCUCACCGUCAUGUCCUACGACCGCUACGUUGCCAUCUGCAAACCCCUGCACUACGGGACCCUCCUGGGCAGCAGAGCUUGUGUCCACAUGGCAGCAGCUGCCUGGGGCGCUGGGUUUCUCUAUGCUCUGCUGCACACGGCCAAUAUAUUUUCCCUGCCCCUCUGCCAGGGCAAUGCUGUGGAACACUUCUUCUGUGAAAUCCCCCACAUACUCAAGCUCUCCUGCUCAGAUGCUGCCCUCAGGGAGGUUUGGCUUCUCGUGGUCAGUGUUUUAGUAGGAUUGGGAUGUUUUGUUUUCAUUGUGGUGUCCUAUGUGCAGAUCUUCAGUUCGGUUCUGAGAAUCCCCUCAGAGCAGGGCCAACACAAAGCCCUUUCCACGUGUCUCCCUCACCUGGCCGUGGUAUCCCUGUUUCUUAGCACUGCCAUGUUUGCCUACCUGAAGCCCCCCUCCAUCUCCUCCCCAUCUCUGGAUCUGGCAGUGGCAGUUCUGUACUCAGUGCUUCCUCCAGCACUAAACCCCUUAUUCUACAGUCUGAGGAACGAGCAGCUCAAGGAUGCAGUGUGGAAACUGAUAUCUGACUCUUUUUAA